AUGGGCUGCAAUAAUGUCCGGUCAGCUACGGAUUAUUAUGGGCCAAAAGAGAAGAUUGAAGAAGGAGCAAAAUUUAAGGAUCUUUUGGAUAAGGCUUUAGCUGUAAAUCCUAAGGAACAUUCAAUUCUACAUAUGCGUGGGCGUUACGCGUUUUCAGUCGCUAGCCUUUCGUGGGUGGAACGAAAAGCCGCUGCUAUAUUCUAUGCCACACCUCCCACUGCUACAAUGGAAGAAGCAUUGAACGACUUUUUGGCUGCAGAAGAAGUAGAACCAAUAUGGAUAGAGAAUCUAAUCUGUAUCAUACGAAUUUACCAUGCAAAAAGUGACAAGGAGAACGUCAAAAAGUACUGCAACAAAUUACUUGCCAUUACACCAAUAGACGAGGAAGAACGUGAGAGAGUGCAGGAAGCUCAGAAAAUAUUAUCAAAGUAUUAGGACGAGAUUACAACUUUGAAUCACUGGACUACAUAAAUUUAGAUAGAGUUU